AUAAAAAGGACAAAAUUAAAUUAUUUCCUAGUUUACAGUCUACUCAAAAUACCGCACACUAAAAGACAGAAAACGGGUCUGCUAAAUCUGAGCUCCAUUUUUCGUCAUAAUUUGCCCGUUAAGACUCUAAUUUCCAUUCAUGGAAGCAAAGGUACAUUUCUUUGACUGGUGUAAGAGAGAUUCUUUGUGAUGGAAGAUUGAAAAGGUGGGAACUUUUCAUUCUUUUAGAGCUGAUUUAACGAACUUUAGCUGAAAUGGAGUAUGAGAGGAUUGAAAGACAUCAGAAAGGAGGAGGGUUGUCACCAGCAAAGUUGAGGAGUAUGUUAAUGGGAGUAGAGAAAAAGAGAAGGGAACUUCUUGGAGAAAUGGAUUCAUCUUGUUCUUUAAGAUCCCAGCAUUCUGGUUUAGAUGAUUCAGGUUGUGAUUACUCUGAGAGCUACAAGGAUGUGGAUGUUGUACGUGAAUUUGUUGAAUGCUCAACUACAACAACUACAGAUAUCACGUAUCGCAAGUCAAAAGAUCAAAAUGUAGUUAGUUCAAGAGUGAGGUUAAAUGAAGAGUUUGAGGAAUACUAUGCAAAUGGCCAUGAUAAUGGAGGGUUGUCAUCAUCAGUCUUUGAGUUUCAGAAGGCCGAGCAUGGAAACACAAAAGUUCUAGCUGCACCGUUCUCCAAGCCAGCACCAUCGAAAUGGGACGAUGCACAAAAGUGGAUAGCAAGUCCCACUUCCAACAGACCAAAAGCUGGGCUAUUGCGUGGUUCUCAAGGGGCAAGGAAAACUAACAUUUUCGGCCAUGGAGAUAGGAAAGCUGCAACAAAAGUAGUUCUUGAAGUUCCAGAAGAAAAGUUAGUUGCUUUUGAAGAACCUGAGAUGAAGAGGAUGGAUUCAAGUUUAACUAAGAAAGUUAAUGGCACACAGAAAAUGGUGAAUUGGGAAUCAGAUCCUUACCCACUUCCUGAUUCGCAUGGAAAACUGCCACAUAUGAUUGAAAACUCUGUUGGUGAAUCUGCUAUUCAUCUCAGUCAACACGAUUCAUUUAACACAGCCCAAACGUCGAUUCCUCCUACAGCAUUUACUAGAUCCGUUUCCAUGAGGGAUAUGGGGACAGAGAUGACUCCUAUAGCGAGCCAGGAGCCUUCAAGGACUGGAACUCCUGUCAAGGUGAAAUCACCUGUGCACAGUUCUAAUUCUUCGAGAUCGUCAACUCCCAAAAGAGGUCACCUAUCAGCAGCACAGACAAACAUGAUUAACGACAGCUUAACUCUGCAAAGGAAUCAUCUCUCCGAAAAGGAGAUGCAAAUGAAAACAAGAAAAGAAAUAUUGGAAAUGGGUGUGCAGCUUGGUAAAGUGAACAUAGCUGCAUGGGCCAGCAAAGAUGAUGAAGAGAGGACAUCACCUGCAGUGAACACUAUUGCUGGAGAACAGGUGUCUAAGAGUGUUGUUGAGCGAAGAGCGGAAGCUUGGGAGGACGCUGAGAAAGCAAAGUAUAUGGCUAUGUUCGAGCGAGAAGAAAUGAAAAUUCAAGCAUGGGAAAAUCAUCAAAAAGCCAAAACUGAGGCUGAGAUGAGAAAAAUUGAGGUCGAGGUGGAAAGAUUGAGGGCCAAAGCACAGGAUAAGUUCGCAAACAAGCUUGCUACUACAAAACACAAGGCCGAAGAGAAACGUGCAGCUGCCGAAAUGAAGAUGAAUAAGCAAGCUUCAAAGACUGAGAAGCAAGCGGAGUACAUCCGAAAAACUGGCGAAAUACCAUCCAAAUUUUCUAGCUGGAGCUGCUGUUGCUGAACUAACAUAUUCCCUUAUUUUUUGGUGGAGCCUUUCUAAGAAGUUAAAAGGCUGUAAUUAGUUUGGUUUGCUAUACAAGAACAUCACAGUACUACCUUUCAUGCAAAUCAAGUCUUUGAUCAUGCCAAAUGGGUCAUCCAAUUUGCCACAUUACUUUUUUGUCAAAACAUUCUUAACUAAAUAAUUUAAAAAUAUUGCCAUAAAAUUAAAUCCAGUCAAAAAUAUAUAUUAUUUAUUGUUUCAAAAAAAAAAUAAAUUUUGACAUCUUUAGCUGUAGCACCACCAAAAUUUGACAUCUGAAUCCCACAAAAUUAGGGUUGCAUUUGUCCAUAAUCAGUGGCGUAUUAAAGUAGGGAAAAAUUUUAAUUG